UAUUACAUUUAUAUUUACAUGUACUAUAUUUAGAAGUUCAACAAUAUAAUUUUCUUAUCAUGUCAUGUAAGCAUGAGACACCUCGAAGUCUCGUAACGGAGAGGUGACAGGAUGGGUGUCUAGGUAGACGUUUUAAUGCUCCUAGAUGAAAACUUCGGUUUAAAUCUGCUGUAAACCUGUUUAACUUCAACUAAUUGGAGUCGUGGAACCGGUCCUUGAUUCCGUUUUUCCACCUCGUAGUCAAUUAAAUAACUAUUUCUGGACUUCCAAUUUCAAGCUUUAUGGUAACAUUUUUAACUUGUUAUUGAUCAAAACUUGUCUGAAAACAUGAUUGCUUGGGAACUUCUGAAUUGUUUGUCGCUGUGCACAGAUAUGUGCUGUGCAUUGUUUAUUUGAACCUGCAGUAUCCUCUGAUUAGCCUAGACAGGUUAUGUGCGCGACUGUGCGCGAGCGCUGUCGAUCGGUAAUUAUCGAGCAAUAAACAUGCGUUAAAUUGAGUUUAUAAAGGUCUUUAAUUUAUAAGUACAGCCAUGAGGUAUGCACAACUUGUCAUGGGACCUGCUGGUAGCGGCAAGUCUACUUACUGCUCUACCAUGCACAAACAUGCAGCGGAUGACAGAAAGGUUGUGGAUGUGGUUAAUUUAGACCCAGCCGCAGAGUACUUUGAUUACGAACCGUUACUCGAUAUAAGAGAUCUGAUUCACUUAGACGAUGCCAUGGAAGACGAUACCCUUAAAUAUGGUCCUAAUGGAGGCCUUGUAUUUUGUAUGGAAUAUUUAGUAGAAAAUUUGAAUUGGCUGGAGGAGGGUUUAAGUGAUAUGGACGAUGACUACAUAAUUUUCGAUUGCCCUGGGCAGAUCGAGCUUUAUACACACAUGACCGUUAUGCGACAAUUAAUUACUUGCCUGGAGAAUAUGAACUUUCGUGUUUGUGGAGUGUUUCUAGUUGACAGUCAAUUCAUGGUUGAUGGGACGAAGUUUUUGUCAGGAACUAUGGCGGCUCUUAGUGUUAUGAUUAAUUUAGAAAUACCACAUGUUAAUAUCUUAAGUAAGAUGGAUCUCCUGUCGAAGAGUUCUAGAAAACAACUAGAUAGGUAUCUGGAACCUGAUCCGCAGAGCUUGUUGAGCGACGUGCAGGCAGGACCUUGGAAUGAAAAAUAUCGCAGACUAACCGAAGCUUUAGGAAGAAUAAUAGAAGACUACAGUCUAGUACGAUUUUACCCAUUGAACAUCAAGGAUGAAGAAAGCAUUUCAGACAUCAAAUUAACCAUCGACAAUAUUAUUCAAUAUGGAGAGGAGGAAGAUGUAAAAAUGCAGGACUUUGAGGAGCCAGAUAACGAUGAUGAUGAUGAUUAGCAACUGUAAUUAAAUUAGUUUUAGAUAUAUUAUUUAAUAAUUUGAAAAUAAACUAUUUUUAAUAUUUGUUCAAGAAAGUUCGUCAGACAGAUCGAAUGCUGUUUUGGCGAUACGAAUAGAUUUAGGUAAUAAGAACCGUACGUCAUCUGGAAAAAUGUUUCAUACAAAAGUAACUGCAGAUUAUGCAUAGAUACGAAGUAUUCAUUUAAAUCAUUAACAGUUAAAUCGGAUAAUCAUUUGUUAGUGGAAAACGUUCCGUGUCUUUGAAAGUUUAAACCUAUUAAGUUUUAGAACCACAAUAACCGAGAGAGUGGCUUCACGCCGCAAAUUUGAACCGCUGUAUAAACUUUGGCCAAAAGCCAACGGGAGCCAGAGAGGCUUUUCGUUUUUUAUUUCAUUUCGUAGGCAAGAUGGUCUCUUUCUUUCGAGGAAAUUGGCGUACCUCCAGCUUCAGCUCUCGCAGAAAUUUGAGCUGCGGUUCCGCAAUUUGCACGAGGUUAAUAAUUCGGGAAUGCUUAAAAUCAAUUCUACAAACUUCUGUUAAGGUUUUUGAUACCCACGAAUUACUCGAAGUAAACUUCUGCGAGAAAAUUAUAUUAUAGAGCAAAAUAUUGCAGAUCUAACAAUAAACAAAGGAAACUAUUCGCUCUACGAUUUAGAUUUUGUUUCACUACUUAACGGUCAGUAGAAAGUAUUCUCUUACAGUUUUUUUUAUUUAUUUAUUUUUGUUCCGUACUAUAGUUUCUUCAUUCAAAGAAACGUGACAUUUUCAGAUACGACGGAGGGAUGUUGGGAAGAACGAAGUAAUGAAGACUUUCUGUAUUUCGUAUGACGUUUAUUAAUAAACUCGCAUAAGUUAAUGAA